UAUAGGCAAGUGCCGUGACGCAGAUGCAAGUGACGUGAUGCUACUGUAUAACGGCAUGGAACCUCCGCUUUGUACUUAAGCCAUAGCAGCACUUCAGCUGCACAUUUUCCUUCGAAUCUCUGUGUCUCUACAUUCUAUCAAAAGCCUCAAAUUCGCCGAGAUGAAGCUUACUGUAAAGACUCUGAAAGGCAGACACUUCGAAAUUAGGGUUCAACCCUUCGAUACCAUCAUGGCGGUUAAGAAAAAUAUUGAAGAUGUACAAGGAAAAGACAAUUAUCCAUGUGGACAACAAUUAUUGAUUCACAAUGGAAAGGUUUUGAAAGAUGAAAGUACUCUAGUGGAGAACAAGAUCACCGAAGAUGGUUUUCUUGUUGUCAUGCUUAGCAAGACAAAAACUUUGGGUACAAGUGGGAGCUCUUCCAACCAACCUGCAUCUACAACUCAACCAACAUCUAAUCCUACUCCUACCUCUGAAGCUCCUGUGCAAGAACCGGAUCUAAAUAGCAACUCUUCUGCUUCCAAUGUGCCAGCAGCUAAUGCUCCUUCUGGUACCUAUGGUCAGGCUGCCAAUUUAGCUGAUGGUAAUAAUCUUGAGGAGACCAUUCAACAAAUAAUGGAUAUAGGUGGUGGCAACUGGGACAAGGAAACUGUUACUCGUGCACUUCGAGCUGCUUACAACAAUCCUGAGCGAGCAGUGGAUUAUUUAUAUUCCGGUAUUCCAGAAGUUGCAAUGCCCGUGAAUCAGGCAACUUCUGAGAGGGCUGAAACAGGCGCAGCAGCCGCUGCACCUGUUUCUGGAGCACCUUAUUCAUCUCCCUUGAAUUUGUUUCCUCAGGAAACAAUUUCACGUUCUGGUGUUGGUGGAGUUGGCUCCCUAGAUUUCCUAAGAAACAACCAACAGUUCCAAGCAUUACGUUCUAUGGUGCACACAAAUCCACAGAUUUUACAGCCCAUGCUUCAGGAGCUUGGAAAGCAGAACCCCCAACUUUUAAGCCUUAUUCAGGAGCAUCAUGCAGAGUUUCUUCAAUUGAUAAAUGAGCCUCUUGAAGGUUCUGAAGGGAAUUUAUUUGAUCAGCCUGGGGAAAUGCCUCUUGCUGUUAGCGUCACCCCAGCAGAGCAGGAGGCCAUUGAACGACUUGAGGCAAUGGGAUUUGAUAGAGCCCUUGCAAUUGAGGCAUUUUUUGCCUGUGACCGCAAUGAAGAAUUGGCAAUCAACUACCUAUUAGAGAAUGCUGGAGAUUAUGAGGAUUGAAUGGUAAAUUUGAAAUGGAUGUUAAUGUUGUUGCCCAUAGUUUUUGUGAAAGGGGCAACUUAAAACAUCUUGGAUGGUUUUAACAUGUAUAACCCGAUGCUCAUGGGCUGGAAAGUCUUUGACUCUAUCAUGAAGGCUAGGUUGGGAUUGUGCAGUCUGGUUGAUUUUGUUUUUGUGACAAUGCUUGGUUUUUUUCAUCCAUUGUAUCCGAAGUUUUUGCAUUGUUUUGUAGCAGUAUGAAUUUUUUCCGUUGUUUUUCAUUGUGGGUUUAUCGCGUGAAAGGCAGUGUUCUUGAAGAUUUUUAAUUUGAUUUUUACUUUCUGGA